AUGGCUGAAAGAUCACUGAAAAAAUGGUCUCUGUUAUCAAAGGUAGUUGUUGGUGCCUUGACAUCUAUUUUUAACAUAGAUGAAUAUGAGGAUCUCGUGAGUAAAUGGAAACUGUGCCAGACACAGAGGAAAGCAGCAUCCGUGUCCUGCAUUCGCAUUGCUGGAAUGCUAGCGGACUACCAGUAG